UGUGUUGGCUCUCUUGCUUCCCCGAGUCAGUCGAAAACAACAUCGCUGCUGACAGGUGCGUAAAUGAAACAAAUUCGGUCGUGCAUUUCUCGUCACGUGACAAGAAAGAAACAAAUGCGCGGUGGUCAAGUUAUCCAAACAGUUCGUACACUGACUGUCAAGUUAUAACUCACCACCUCAAUUCUAAAGUGGAUGUGGCGUUUUGUUAUUUCCACGCGAUAUUUUAGACCAAUAGUCUCGUCUUCGCAGUAAUGGAAAACAACUCAACAAAAUCAGCCGAUCUUCAAAGACCAAUAUCGGAAAGGGUCAGAUUUAGUGUAGAAAGCGAAGCGCGCACAGUUCAAUGUACUUGUACAAGUAUUUCACACAGAGUUGGAUACAAUUGGAACAAAGGCGGAAGGCUGAAGGACUUAAGACUAAGGCACUUGGCAAGGAAGUUCUUCAAAAUAUGGAUGCAGAACACCUUUGGUCAGAUCCUUCCUUAUUUUGCCAAGUGCCACUAUGAAAAUAUGCUACAGAGACGAAUAUUUCAGGGAUGGAGAGACGAGUGGUGGGCGUCCAGAAAGGAAUGGAGUCUGUCCCUACGCGCAGAGUGUCAUCACAAGUAUCACCUGCUCCUUCUGACUUUCCAAAGAUGGCAAACAUUUAUUUCACUGCAAGACGAAAAGAAGAGCAAAAUGCAUGAAGCUAAAUUGUUCGAUGACAGGCGACAAAUGCGUCGUGUUUGGCACAAGUGGGAGAAUUUUGUCCAGAUGUGUCGGCUGAAAAGAAGAAGAAAUCAAUCAGCCCGAGAAAAGCACAGACGCACACAUCUUCGGUCAUUGUGGCGUUUGUGGCAGAUUAAGUAUCAACAGCAUCAAAACAUUUGCACGAUGGAGGACCAAGCCUUGAAGCUCCGGACAGUGAAUCUACAAAGCGGGGCUUUUCUUCAGUGGAAAGAGAGGCACGCUGCUGUUUGUUCCCAAAGAGAGAAUGAAUCCAAAGCCUCUCUUCACUACAUCAGCAGUGGGAAAAAGAAAUGGCUGAUUCAGUGGCGAACUGUUGUCUCCUCUCGCCAGCACAAGAAACAGUUGCAAGCUGUGGCUAUGCACACCGCCCAUCUUCACUUGAUGAGGCAGAGCUGGGAAGUGUGGAGGAUUGCGUGGCGUCGAAAACACAGCGAGGAGGAGCGUUUGCAAGGGGUGGAGCAGCUGACCAUUCGGUGCGGUCAGCGUCGAGCCGUGUUGAAAUGGAGGGCGUAUGUGACAAGGCGCAAAGAAAAAGCAGGCCGAGACCAGAUGGCCAGUCAACACCACCAUCAGCACCUGCAGCGUGCAUUACUGCAGGGCAUGUCGUUCAACGUGAGCCAGAACAGAGCACGGCGUCUGAACAACGAGGUGGCUGUCCAACAUCAUUACCAGACUGUGACCAAUAGAUAUUGGGGGCUGUGGAAGGACAGGCUGGAAGAGGCUGAAGAUGAACCUUUCCAAGCCCUGACAGACAUGGCGCUGACCAACUACCGCAUGACCCUGUUGAGUCGCUUUAACGACCACUGGAGGGAGAAACUCGCACAGCAAAGACACUUGCAGGAGCUGGAGUGGCGUGCGGAUAUCUGGUUUGCAGAGCACUUGUUGCCACGAUACCUGAACUCCUGGAUUGAGUUUACUCUGCAGAAAAGGCUGAAGACAGACAGGAAACGCAGGGCAGAUGUUUACAAUAUGCAGCGCCUGUGCACCUGGGUGUUGCACACCUGGCAGGAACGGGCGGAGAAACACAAAGACGAGAUGCUGUCACAGCGAAUGGCCAUUCUUCACGAAGAGCAAAGUCGUCUGCAGAGAGUCUGGGCUUGCUGGAGGCAGCGGGCCCAGCAGCGGAUGGGAGAAGAGAAAGAGAAGAGGCAGGAGCAAAAGUAUUCUCUUGUCCCUGUGAAACAGCAAGAAGACGCCAUUACUGAGUUGCCGGACAGUGAGCAGCAGGCUUGUCUUCAGGGUGAUCUGUGCUGCAUGAGAAGGGCUCUGACCAGGUGGAAAAAGUUUGUCCAGAGACAGAAGUUGAAGACAAGAAAGCUGGAGCACAAGCAGCAUUGCCAAGAAAACCAAGUCAACAAGCAGAGUGUUGUGACCUGUGAGGUCCAGCACAACGUGUCUAAGAAGACAGUGCAAGCACUCUGGCAUUGGGCCCUCACUCUUCAAGCCAAGGUUUUCCUGGCUUGGAGAGAAAAAACUAAGUGUGUGGUAUUUGAGCAGCACCAACAGAGGGAAGCACUCAGCAUGGCCCAAAGUAUUUUAAAUCAAGGCAAGAAUCAACCACAGACAGAGGUGCUGCUGCAGUGGGAGACAACGGGCACAGAGAAAGCCCAGAGGCAUCAUGACAACAGAUUGCUGCGUAAUGCACUGAGGGCAUGGAAUGAGUAUCACCAUGCUCGCCUCAAGUACAAGGCUGUACUGCAUCAACAAGCGACAUCAGUGUGUAAAGGAUAUCACCACAUGGGCUCAGGAACACUUCAGAAACCCACGGUCCAGCACAACUUUUCUGAGAAGACACAGCUAGCACUCUGGCAUCGGGCCCUCACUCUUCAAGCAAAGGUUUUCCUGGCUUGGAGAGAAAAAACGAAGUGUGUGGUGUUUGAUCAGUACCAACAGACGGAAGCACUCAGCAUGGCUAAAAGUGUUUUUAAUCAAGUGGAGCUGCUGCAGCAGAAGGCAACGGGUACAAAAAAAGCCCAGAGGCAUCAUGACACAAAUGUGCUGCGUAAAGCACUGAGGGCGUGGAUCAAGCAUUACCACGCUCACCCUAAGUACAAGGAACCGAGGCUGGAGCAGAUGCAGCAUUGCCAGGAAAACCAAGUCGCCAAACAAAGCUUUGUGUCUUUGGAGGUCCAGCACAACUUUUCUGAAAAGACAGUGCAAGCACUCUGGCAUUGGGCCCUCACUUUUCAAGCCAAAGUGUUUCAUGGAUGGAGGCUGUGGGUCGCAAAGCAACGUCGGAAGAGGUUGAAAGUGGCAGAAGCUGCUGAGGUAGAAAAAGAACCGUCUCAGACAGUUGGCGUGAUGUGCGUCCCAGCCAUUGGAGAUCACAUGACCGAUAUGGGGAGGAGCCAAGCAUGGCGCCACGAAAAAGCUCAGAUGCUGCUUACUGAGAGUGUGGUGAGGCGUUGCGCCAUGAGGUGGAAGCAACGGGCCCUUUGCAAACCAAAGGUGACAGAAGGUCAAGCACUGGCAAAGACAGUGACCAUGUCUUUUUCAGAAUUGAAAAAGGAUUCUCCAUCUGAACAGUAUGCAGACAACAUGGAGCUACUAUCCCCAAUUAUACGUCGACAGCCACGUCGAAACAAGGAACUGCUUGAGCCUCCAUUAAAAGUGUUACCACAUGAAGUUUUGGCUGCCGCAGGACUUUUGGGGCACACUUGCCUAUCACAGACAUAUCUUCCUGGGCUGUUUUCUGCCUCCCUCCAUCAUCCUUCCAUCUCUUCCCCUGCUGCGCAUCAAAGUGGAGAUGUGCAGCAGUUCUCCCCCCACAAAACACCAAUCCCCACUGAAGACACACCGCCGACAUCCUGUGACCUGUUACUGCCUCCUGCUGCUUUCAUGAGCAUAGAAAAGUUGGGACUUAUGCAACCAAAUGAAACCAGUGGAGAAUAUGAUGUGAUGUCAUCCCUGAUGAGCGAGCUAAUGAGCAUCAAGCAGGAUAUGAGGAGUUUCCAGCAGGACAGGAAGCUGCUCAGGCUCUACCAGAAUACGAGAGAUGUCUUGCACAUUUGGCUACAGACGAGUGGAAAAGGCGAGGAGGUGGAUAAAAAUACAAUUUGUCAACAGCUAGUGGAGAUAGAGGAGUACAUCGAGAGACUGUCCAGUGAGCUGACAAAGCAAAGACUUUCAAUGCGCUUGCAUGCAGAAAGGCUCAGACAUUUACAAGCUGCCCUUGACUCCUCAGGUUUUUUUUCCCUUUGCCAGCAAGUGCAGAUGUAAAAGACUGAGCAGUUUGCUCCCAAUUGCAGCUGUCUUGUCAGUUAUUGUA